UAUAUGAAUCACAAAAAAUCACGUUUGACUGAUUUGUUUAGAAAAAUGAAUAAGGAUAAUAAUGGUUUAAUACCACGUGCCGAAUUCAUAUAUGGAAUAAUAAAAUUUGACACUUCUCGAAUGGAAAUGGGUGCAGUGGCAGAUCUUUUUGAUCGUAAUGGUGGAGACCCGAUUGGCAAGAACGCAAACCAGCAACUGAUUCAGAUAAAAUACAUGAUGAAGUUAAACGCCUUGUUAUCCUUUGCACAUGUCGACAAAAAUUUUGCGUAUUUCAAGUUGGCAAAGGGAAAUAUAGGUUUGGCGACUCGACUCUCAAAAAUUACGAAUAUUGCGAAUAUUGCGUAGCACAGUUAUGGUUCGUGUAGGUGGCGGCUGGCUUGCACUUGAUGAGUUCUUAUAAAAAAAUUUUCCUUGUCGCGCUGGUUUUAAUGACUCGAGUGUUUUAUUACAACUCUGCUCUACAUAAUCUAUUUAAUCAUCCAUACGUCAGUG